AUGGGGCUCUUAUCAUCAACUUCGCUGCUGAUGUGCAUUGCCAUCUUUGGCCUAGCAUGCGCAGAGGUGAAAUUAUGUGUAACUUCCCAACAAGAAAUUACAAAGUGCAACACAUUUAGCAACAUUGCAUGCGUUUUGGGUACCGAUAGUAUUAACUGUGUCAAUAAAAUCAAUAACAACGAAGCUGAUGUCACAGUUCUGGACGGAGGAGACAUUUAUUUGGCUGGCAAAUGUCACAGCAUGAAACCCAUCUUGUCUGAAAACACAGGAGCAACCCCACCAGGCGUUGGAUAUUAUGCAGUCGCUGUAGCUAAAAAAUCUUCUCAUGUCACUAUUCAAACCUUGGAAGGUACAAAAUCUUGUCACACAGGUGUGAAUAAAACAUCUGGUUGGUUUGUGCCAAUGAGUGUUCUCUUCCCACACCAAAAUAAUCAGCUUCAACUAGCAUCUGCUUUUUCAAUAAAAGUUGUGUGCCUGGUGCUACCCUGGUUCGAAUCUGUCAAUUGUGCACCCCUAAUUGCGAAAGAAAAACAGCAACAAUUUAUAUUAUGGAUACAGCGGUGCUGCUAA